GCUUUGGCUAUAUUGUUGUUUUGCGUUGAUGCCAAUAAAGCUAGAUUGAAUUGAAAUAAAAGUCCUGAAGUCUUGUGUUUUGGUCCCGUGCAGUUAUUCCUGACAUAUGUUUGUGCGGCGUGUCCUCUCUCCAGGUCUUUGUGAUGAAGAGGAGGACGUGUGGAUCAGAUCCGACUUAGUGGGCCUCACCUGAAGCUGCUCACCUGUCCUCUAACUUAUCUUUUAGAAGCUCUUCUGUGCACACGACUGUGUGAAGGAUCUCUGCUGAGCUUUCUUUCAUUUGUUUCUUGUUCAAAGGGUUCUUCAUCAUCCGAGUCGCGGCUCUGAGUCUGCUGUGAAGAUUGUAAAGCCCCUUGAGGAAAAUUGUGAUUUAUGAUAUUUAGCUGUAUAAAUCAGAACUGGCUUGACUUGUAGGACUAAUCGUGGCCAUGGCUGUGCUGUGAUUGUUGUAUUAUACAUAACAGGGAGCCACAGCAGCACUGGCUGCAGGCUCAGCAGCAGGUCAUGUGGGAGACCUGGUUGUCCUGGAGGAAACUCUCUGAGGGAAACUGAACACGCUGACUGAAGAGCAGCUGCGGGAGGUAAGACCAGACGCCCGGUGCAGUCUGAAGAAGAAGAAGACGAUGGCGGAGCGUCCAGCGGCAGCAGGAGGCGACAUCAGCCUGCAGGACGUCCUGAGAGGACGGACAGAUGGAGCUGAGAGGACCAGCUCCUGCAUGAUCCGAGUGUUCGUCAGCUCCACGUUCACAGAUAUGGGCAGUGAAAGGAAAGCCCUGCUUGAGAAAGCUUACCCAGAAGUCCUUGCGUUCUGUCGCAGUCUUGGGCUGGUGUUCGAGGUGGUGGAUCCGUGUUGGGGGAUUCGAAGUGUCCCGUCAGGAGACCAUGAGGCCUGCGAGAUCUUCCUGCAGGAGAUCAAGAACUGUAAGAGGAUUUCAGCCGGACCAGCUUUCAUUGCGCUGCUGGGGAACCGGUACGGCGUCCGAGCUCUUCCUCGCCUCAUCCCGGAGAAGCAGUUUGAAGUUCUUUUGUCUAAACUCUCCAAAAACCGUGAAGGCGUCAAGAAGCUGAAUCAGUGGUUCUUGAAAGACGACAAUGCGGUCCCACCCACCUACGUCCUUCAGCCAAUCACGGCUCACUUCCCCCACUACAGCGACCUCCGACCUGAGAGUGGGCCUCAGCGGGACAAAAACGUCCUUUCCUGGCGUUGCACAGAGACUCAACUGUUGCAGCUCCUACGCUCCGCCGCCACGGACGCCGAGGCGGCUGGUGACAUCACAGCCGAGCAGAAACAACACUUCUUCACAUCAGUCACAGAGCGAGAGUUCGAGGAGGGCUUGUGGAUGGACGAUGGCGAACCGUCGGCUCUGAUAUUCGUCCGAGAGAUUCCACGCCAAAGGGCAAGGGAUGGUCCCAAACGCUUUGCCAAGUUCAUGGACCUGACCGCCGGCGGUCUGCUGGACGCGGAAGCCCAGGGACUCCUCACCGGCCUCAAGUCCCGCCUCUACGCCACGUUCCAGAAGAUCCUCAACCUGCACUGCGUGGAGCUCUGCAAAGGAAGCAUCGACCCAAAACGCAAAGAGCACGCUCAGUACCUGGACAGCGUCUGUGAGCAGUUUGUCUCACAGAUGACGGCCAGGAUCGCAGCGGCGGUCGGUCCGUCGGUGGAGCGGCGCCGGCGGCGGGGGAAGGUUUGGGGAAGUAUUGAGGAAGAAAAAGGGGAAAUCUCAGAGCAGGUGGUUGAAGAGGUUGAACGGCAUGCCGCCAUGAGCUCCGAGCUGUGCAGAGGUUUCUACGGCAGGGAGGGUCUUCUGGGUAAGCUCUGCUUAGCCAUGUGGGAGUCCACCAACGUCCAUCACGGCCCGCUGGUGGUGCACGGCGCCACUGGGAUGGGUAAGACGGCUCUUCUGUGCAAGCUGGCGCAGGAGAUGCGUAGAGUCCUGGAGGCCGGGGUGGUGGUGGUCCGGCUGCUGUCAGUUCGUCAUCCUCAGAGACCCGACAUCGACCACGUCCUCUGCAGCGUCUGCCUCCAGAUCUGUUUGGCAUGUGGUCUGGCUCCGCCCACGCCACCGAUGACCAGCACUCACCUGGAGCUGCUCCGGCUCUUCAGGAACGUCCUCGCCGAGGUUUCCCAGCAGGGGAACACUCUGCUCGUCAUCCUGGACGCUCUGGAUCAGCUCUCAGACCAGCAUCACGCUCACAAACUCCGCUGGCUGCCCGCCGACCUCCCGCCCAACGUCCACCUGGUGGUUUCAAUGGACACCAACAGCGAGGCGUUCGCUAACAUGCGGCUGAAGUCGGAGACUUUGGAGAGUUUCUUUGAAGUGGAGCGUUUGUCUCGUGAUGAAGGGAAACAGAUCAUGGAGUCGUACCUGCGAGCGUCUCAGCGAACGUUGACCCCCGAGCAGAGCGACGCCGUGCUGCAGAGCUUCGCGCCCGCAGGGUGUCCUCUGCACCUCAAACUGAUCCUGUCUGCCGCCAAACGCUGGACGUCCUUCACCCCGCUCACAGAGAUACACCUGGGCGCCAACACACAGGAAAUGAUGUCACAGAUCUUCCUGAUGCUGGAGGAGAAACAUGGGAAGGAGCUGGUGGGCGCGGCCUUGGGAUACAUCACUCUGGCAAGGGAAGGCCUCUUGGAGGCGGAGCUGCGUGACCUGAUGUCCCUGGAUGAUGAUGUCAUCAGUGAGGUGUACAGGUACUCCAUCCCUCCGACGCCCUCGUUGAUCCGGCUGCCCUCCCUCCUCUGGGCUCGGCUCAGACGGGACCUCGAGGAUCAGCUGGAGGAGCGCUGGACUGGCGGGGUCGCGGCCAUCGCCUUCAACAACCGGCGUCUGUGCGAGGCGGUUUCAGCUCGGUAUCUGACAUCAGAGCGGCGGGGGCGGAGCCUCAGGAUCCUGGCAGAGUACUUCCUGGGUCGCUGGUCGGGGAAACUGAAGCCGGUGACUCUGCCGGGCCUGUCGCUGCUCCUGUCUGACAGAAAGGUCCCGCCCCAGCCGCUGUGGUUUGCUCCGGGAUUGGCUAACGUCAGGAAGCUCCAGGAGCUGCCCUAUCAGCUGCUGCAUGCAGGUCUGUGGGAGGAGCUACAGCAGGAGGUCAUCGGCAGUGCCGAGUGGCUGUACUGUAAGAGCAGGGUCUGCGGGGUGUCCAGUGUGAUCCAGGACCUGGACCAGUGCUGCCAGUACAUGGACUGCACUGAGACCAGGCUGGUCCGAGACACUCUGGUCCUGAUCAAACCAAGUCUGGACUUCCUGGACGGUCACAUGGAUAUGUCUCUGUUUUACACUGAGCUGUUAGCCAGACUCUGCGCCUUGGCCACGCCUUUCCCCUCUGUGAUUGGCCGGCUGUGUAGCCAGUGCGAGGAGUGGUUACUGACGUGUCCCGAGCCGAUCCUCAUUCCCAAGUGCAGUUUCCUGCAGCAGCCAGGGGGGGCGCUACAACACACACUGACCGGGCUGCAGGGAGGUGUUCUCUGUAUGGACGUCGGUGUGGAGGCGGAGCUUCUGGUUGCAGGCUCAGAUGAUGGCGUGGUGGCGGUCUGGAGCCUCGCUGCCCAGCACCUCAUACACUCACUGCUGGGACACACAGGUGCAGUUCUAUCGGUCAAAGUGAUUGACAGCUCCACUCGCUGCCUCUCAUUGGCUGCUGACGGCUCCUUGAGGAGGUGGAGCCUGAUGAACGGCCAACAGCUUCUCUGCAUUCAGGAGGCGGUGCCUGUUGACUCCACCCCUUCCUCAGUACACCUGCACCUGUCUGAACUACUGCUCUUUGUUUACACCAGUACACAGGUGAAGGUGUGGAGGCUGGACGGCGCUGAGCUCCUCAGCAGCAGUGACGAAGGCUCGGUGGUUCUGGGAGUUCUGGGAGAAUCUGUAGUUUCUCUGUCUGAUGCUGGCGUGGUCAGAAUGUGUCAUCCUGUUAACGGCACUCAAACCGUGGAGACUCAGCUGGAGUACUCGCGGAGACGACUGACUCUCGUGAACUGUGUGACUUCACCCAAACGUGGCAAAGUGUUCAUGGUUUCUACAGACGGACUCCUCCGUCAGAUUUCCAGGACGGGGAAACAGACAGCCGUCGAGUUUCCUCUGCUUCCUUCUUUGCUUUCAGUCACUGAAGAUGAAAAAAUACUGAUAGCAGGCAGCGAUCGGACUCUGAGCCUCUUUAACAUCUCCAGAGACGAGGUGGACGGAUUCCUCAACCUCCAACAUGACGACAGCGUUUUGUCAGCCUGCGUCUCAUCAGACCGCCGGCUGCUCGUCUCCGGAGCUGCCGACCAACUCGUACGAAUCUGGUCGGUGACCACCGGUACGUUGUUGGACGCUCUGUGUGGUUCGUACGCUCCCGUCACCGCAGUCCUUCUGUACAACGGCUCUGUGGUUUCAGCCUCGUCGGCCGCCGCCGACAUCCAUCGGUGGAGUCUGAAAUACGACACCCGCCACAAACCCACCGGCCACAUCCCCGCGGGCUGCGCCCACGUCGCCAUCACUACAGACGGAGAUCGGGUUUUCUACGUCCGAGAGCAGAGCCAGACCGAGGUCAUCAGCUGGAACAGCAACACAGGUUCUCCAUUGGAGCAUUUGGCGGUCUCCGCUGAGGUUUGCUGUCUGGAGUUAGCUCAGCGCAAACGCUUGCUGCUCUGCGGUCUGACCAGCGGCACCGUCCUCAUCUACCCGAUGGCCCUUCCCCAGGAGACGCUCUGCAUCCCCCCUCCGGAGAGCCUCUCCAGGGUGCUCUGCCUGGCCGUCGGCUCCCAGGAGAAGCACCUGGCGGUGGCCUACGAGGACUCGUUGUGUCUGUUUGAGAUCACCAACAGAGACGGCUUCCCCACAGUGGAGGGACCCCUGGAGAGGUUCCCGCUGUCCCUCCUCCACUCCCCGCUGUCCUCCAUGGCGCUGCUGUCCAAACGCCGGCUGCUGUACGGGACGAUCUGCGGGGAGGUGAAGCUCCACGACUUCAGCCGGGGCAGCAGCUCCGAUCUGGAGCCUCAUCGCAGCAGAGUGACCUGUGUGACGGCAGGUAACUGGGGGGACCACGCCCUGGUGGGCUCUGAGGACGCCGUACAGAGGCUGUGGGGCCUGAACCCGCUGGUCCUGGACCACACCAUGGAAUACAAGGGGUUUUUCUUCGAGGGCGUCCUCUCUGCUGCUUUCUCUGAGAGCGACCAGUUCGUCUUCACAGGAUCUCAGGACAGAAGCAUCAACGUCUGGGACGUCGCUACAGGAAACCUGCUGUAUGUUCAGUACGUCGACUCGCCCGUCGUCAGGAUGGUGACCUUCAGGAACGGCUUUGUGGGCUUGUCUCAGCAGGGCUCCGUCAUCAGAGAGGUGUUUCGCUGUCCGGACCACAUCAGUCCGGACCACAACCCAUUGAGAAACGUCAAGGCCCAGUACCGGGUCACCUCCAGGGAGAAGAACCGGGACGGCCAGCAGGCCCCCGGGUCCGACCUCCAGGACUUCAACCCGGCCCAGCUCAAUCUGAACCUCAUGAGCACGUUAAGAGCCAAACCCUCCUCCACCUGUCUCAUACUGUAGGACACCGGGUCCCUAACUGGGGCCCCAGGACCUCCAGGGGCCUCUAGGUUUUAGGGUGUUUCAAAAGAAAAUGAGAAAAAAAUGUAUUUUCAUAGUUAAAUUUAAUUGUGAGCAGGGUAAAUGUACAUAUGGCUCUAUAAUGUAAAAAUAACAUUUUCAUUAGAACGUCCUCAUAUUUUUACCAAAAUAUGGCUCAAUUCUUUCUUCUGCUUGUUGAUGCACCUGAUUCAGCCAUAUUUUGCCAAAAAAUGUGAAUGAAGUAAAAUCGUUCGGGUGGACAGAGGGCUGGUUCAUCAUGCUGCAGAGGUGGUUGGACGAACUGACCACAGCUGCUGUCCUCAGAAGACACAAGACGCCCCUCUCCCGACUCCAGGGGGUGAGUUUUUCAUUAUUUUCAGUGGAAUAUUCCUUUAACAGGCCUGUGAGUGACAAAAAGGAAAAUAAACACUGUCGGUGUAGAAU